AUGGUAUCGUCGAGUGUUCUUGGUUUUCCUCGCAUCGGGGCCAAUCGCGAAGUGAAGAAGGCUGUGGAAGCCUACUGGGCUGAAAAAUUUACCGCCGAUGAACUCACGAAAGUAGCUGCUGAUGUUAAAAGGGCCAGCUGGACAAGCGUCAAGGCCCAAGGAGUCGACUUCAUUCCCAGUGGGGAGUUUUCCUUGUACGACCAUGUCCUUGAUCAUUCCGCCGCGUUCAAUGUCAUUCCCAAGCGAUAUGUUGGGCUCGGAUUGUCUCCUCUCGAUGUUUAUUUUGCGAUGGGUCGUGGGCGCCAGUCCGAGGUUGUUGACGUGCCUGCGUCCGAGAUGAAGAAAUGGUUCGACUCGAAUUAUCAUUUCGUCGUUCCCGAGUUCUCCGACGAGACUGAUUUCAAGCUGAACUUCAACAAAGCACUGCUUGAGUUCAAAGAAGCGCAAGCAGCCGGUGUCACAACGCGUCCCGUGGUACUUGGACCAAUCUCAUUCCUUACCCUUGGUAAGGCAUCCAAGGACGCCAAACCCGGUUUUCAGCCCAUUAGUCUUCUCCCCAAGCUUCUCCCCAUCUACAAGACUCUACUCACUGAUCUCAAGCAAGCUGGUGCCGAGUGGGUCCAGGUUGAUGAACCCAUUCUCGUUCUAGAUACCGCCGCAGCACUCGAGAAUGAAUUCGCCACUGCUUAUGCUGAGCUCGCUCCCGUCGCACCCAAGAUCCUUCUUACCACAUAUUUCUCCCGCCUUGACUCUAACCUUACUUUCAUCGCCAAGUUGCCCGUGGCCGGACUUCACAUCGACCUUGACCGUGCCCCGGCUCAACUCGACGAAGUUAUCAGCGCUGUGAAGUCUACUCCUAUCAUCCUGUCUCUGGGUGUCGUUUCUGGUCGCAACAUCUGGAAGACUGAUUUCGCAGCUGCAAUCAAGCUUGGACAGAAGGCAAUAGAUGCUCUUGGUCCUGAUCGCGUCAUUGUUGCUACUUCUUCAUCCCUCCUCCAUACCCCUGUUACACUGGCUUCAGAGACCAAAUUGACCCCUCAACAAAAGGACUGGUUUUCCUUCGCUCUCGAAAAGGCGGGCGAGGUUGCUACCAUCGCAGCCGUACUUUCAGGUUCCCAGGACCCCAAGGUGGCUGCCGCUCUUGAGGAAAACAAUACCUCUAUUGCGAAGCGCCGUGAAUUCGAAUCUAGUUCCGAUGACACAGUCCGUAAGCGCGUCGCGGCAAUUACGGAUGAUCAGCUUGAACGCAAAAGCCCCUUCACCACUCGCAGAGAAAUUCAAGCCAAACAUCUUAAACUACCUAAGUUCCCAACCACUACCAUUGGUUCUUUCCCUCAAACUAAAGAGAUUCGUCAAGCUCGUGCCAAGCUCGGCAAAGGCGAGCUUACAGAAGAGCAGUAUGAAGAGUUCAUCAAGAAGGAGAUUGGGGCCGUUGUUCGUUUCCAAGAAAAGAUAGGCCUUGAUCUUUUGGUGCACGGUGAACCCGAGAGGAACGACAUGGUUCAGUACUUUGGUGAACAGCUGCAUGGAUUCGUUUUUACACAGAACGCUUGGGUCCAAAGCUAUGGAUCUCGUUAUGUCCGCCCUCCUAUCAUUGUUUCGGAUGUUUCCCGCCCCGGGCCUAUGACUGUCAAGUGGAGCAGCUAUGCACAAAGCCUUACCUCGAAGCCGAUGAAGGGUAUGCUUACUGGGCCUGUCACCAUCCUCAAUUGGUCUUUCCCUCGUGCCGAUGUUUCUCGUGAGCUGCAGUCUAAGCAACUUGCUCUCGCUCUUCGUGAUGAAGUUGUGGAUCUCGAAAAGGCCGGCAUCAGCGCUAUACAGGUCGAUGAGCCCGCAAUCCGCGAAGGGUUGCCUCUUCGUCGUUCUGACUGGGACGCGUACCUCAAGUGGGCUGUUGAUUCCUUCAAACUUUCCACUGCUGGGGUCACCGAUCAACUCCAGACCCACUCUCACUUCUGCUACUCUGACUUCGAUGAUAUCUUCCCCUCCAUCCAGCGCCUUGACGCCGAUGUCAUUUCGAUCGAAGCCUCUAAAGCUGAUAUGAAACUGCUCAAUACGUUCAAACAUUACGGCUAUUCCAACCAGAUUGGCCCAGGUGUCUACGAUAUUCAUUCUCCUCGUGUACCCGGAGGCCAGGAGAUCAAGGAUCGCCUUAAGUCCAUGCUUGAUAUCCUACCUGACUCACUCCUUUUCGUUAACCCUGACUGUGGUCUUAAGACCCGUGGCUGGAAGGAGACUGAAGCCUCCCUCAUCAACCUCGUUGAAGGUGCCAAGUGGGCACGCGAGAACUAUGCUUGAUUGUCCAUGUGCCUUCCGCUUCAACAGCGUCUGUUCUCGCAAUUUGGUUAAUUUAAGUGGCAAGAUCUCGUCUCGACUGCGCGCGAUUUAUUGGUGCAGUAGUAGUCUAGGUCGACAACACGGGGUGUCAUUGCUGCGAUGCGGAGUGCUUCGAUGGGAGGCAGAGAACUUCGCGCGUUGCUUCUAGUCGUAGUUUCCGGAUUUCAACAAUCCCCAGAUUCAUCCGUAUUCUAUCUCUAGUGCAAAAAAAAUAUUCCAGGUGUAUGAUG